AUGCAGGGAAGUGUUGAGUGUGUGACUGCUCUCAUGCCCUCCAGUGACCUUAACGCCAAAGACAAUGUUUGGUUUGGGAGUGCUGAGUGUGUGUCUGCCCUCAUACCCUCCAGUGACCUUAACGCCAAGGACAAGGAUGACCGCACACCCCUCCACUUGGCUAACGAGGAUGUGCUGAGUGUGUCUGCGCUCAUGGCCUCCAUUGACCUUAACGCAAAGGACAAGUAUGGCUGCACACCCCUCCACUUGGCUGCUGAGCUGGACAGUGCUGAGUGUGUGUCUGCCCUCAUGCCCUCCAUUGACCUUAACGCCAAGAACGAGGAUGGCCGCACACCCCUCCACUUGGCUGCUAUGCAGGGAAGUGUUGAAUGUGUGACUGCCCUCAUACCCUCCAGUGACCUAAACGCCAAGGACAAGGAUGGCCGCACACCCCUCCACUUGGCUACUGAGCUGGGCAGUGCUGAGUGUGUGUCUGCCCUCAUGCCCUCCAAUAACCUUAACGCCAAAGCCACGGCUGGCAGCACACCCCUACACUUGGAUGCUAGGCGGGGCAGUGCUGAGUGUGUGUCUGCCCUCAUACCCUCCAGUGACCUUAACGCCAAGAACGAGGAUGGCCGCACACCCCUCCACUUGGCUGCUGAGUGGGGCAGUGCUGAGUGUGUAUCUGCCCUCAUACCUUCCAGUGCCUUUAACGCCGAAGACAAGGAUGGCCGCACACCCCUCCACUUGGCCGCUACGCGGGGCAGUGUUGAGUGUGUGUCUGCCCUCAUACCCUCCAGUGCCUUUAACGCCAAAGACAAGGAUGGCCGCACACCCCUCCACUUGGCUGCUAUGCAGGGAAGUGUUGAGUGUGUGACUGCCCUCAUGCCCUCCAGUGACCUUAACGCCAAAGACAAGUAUGGCCGCACACCCCUCCACUUGGCUGCUAGUGUUUUAUUUGGGAGCGCUGAGUGUGUCUCUGCCCUCAUACCCUCCAGUGACCUUAACGCCAAGGACGAGGAUGGCCGAACACCCCUCCACUUGGCUGCUAAUCUUAACGCCAAGGACAAGGAUGGCCGCACACCCCUACACUUGGCUGCUGAGCUGGGCAGUGCUGAGCGUGUGUCUGCGUUUAUAUCCUCCAAUGACCUUAACGCCAAUGACAAGGAUGGCUGCACACCCCUCCACUUGGCUGCUAGGCGGGGCAGUGCUGAGUGUGUGUCUGCCCUCAUAUCCUCCAGUGCCUUUAACGCCGAGGACAAGGAUGGCCGCACACCCCUCCACUUGGCUUCUAUGCGGGGAAGUGUUGAGUGUGUGUCUGCCCUCAUACCCUCCAGUGACCUUAACGCCAAAGACAAGAAUGGCCGCACACCCCUCCACUUGGCUGCUGAGGAUGGCAGUGCUGAGUGUGUGUCUGCCCUCAUACCCUCCAGUGAC